GUUUAUGAAUUUUGUACACAGUAGUUCGGUACCUGUGUGUAAAGAACCUUGUGUAAUAGUAGCUGCAUUUUAACGAUGAUUUCGAUUAUUUUACACUAUUUGUUUGAUUAUUUUACCUUAGUAAGUACGUCCGUGACUGUCUUACUUCUGUAUUAUUUUUCAACUUCCACAUACGACAAAUGGCAAAAAGCGAAAGUACCGCAUAUGAAACCCGUUCCGUUAUUUGGGAAUUUAGUAAAAUCACUACUAGGGCUUGAAAACCAAGCAGUAGCGUUCGAUAGAAUUUAUAAACAGUUUCCGGAUAAAAAAAUUUGUGGGUUUUAUCAGAUGAGGACGCCAUAUCUAAUGAUUCGAGAUCCAGAAUUGAUCAAUUCGAUGCUCAUCAAAGACUUUGCGUAUUUCACCGACCAUGGUUUCUAUUUGGAUCCGUCGAUCAAUCUCAUGUCAAAUAGUCUGUUUUUCAUGAACGGACAGAGAUGGAAGAUAAUGCGACAAAAGCUCAGCCCUGGGUUCACGUCCGGUAAACUCAAGUUGAUGUACGACCAAGUCAAAGCCUGUAGCAAAGAGCUAUUAAUCUAUCUCAAUAAAAAAUCGAAUAUGACCGAUGAAAUUGAGAUACAUGAUUUGUUGGGGAAAUACGCCACCGAUGUCAUUGGGACAUGUGCUUUCGGUUUGAAAUUGGGUAGUAUGACAGAUGAAGACAGUGAAUUUCGGAAAAAUGGACGACAAUUAUUCAAAACAACAUAUAGACAGCUCAUCGUCGUCAUGUUGGGCAUGAUUUCACCGAAAAUUCCAAAUAUGUUGCAAAUUCAACAAUUUUUACCGGAAGUAAUCGAAUUUUUUAAUUUAACAUUUAAAGAAGUCAUUACGUAUAGGGAAUCGAAUGACGUGAAAAGAAACGAUGUGGCACAAACAUUGAUGCAAGCUAGAAAAGAGCUUGUUUUGAAUAACGAUUCAUCCCCUGAAGAAAAAUUUACGGAAAUGGACAUUAUUGCAAAUGCGAUUUUACUGUUUAUUGCUGGUGCUGAACCUGUAUCCGAUACGUUAGCUUUUUGUUUUUAUGAAUUAGCGUUGAAUAAACCAAUCCAAGACAAACUGCGUCAGCAUAUUUUCGAGACAAGAGAAAAGCAUGGCGGAGAGUUCAAUCACAAUUACUUGGCGGAUCUACAUUACGCCGACAUGGUUUUAUUGGAAACAAUGCGCAAACACAGUGGAGUUAUUGUUCUAUUUAGAGAAGCGACUAAGGCUUACCAAGUACCCGACCAGUCACUAGUUAUUGAAAAAGGACAAAAGAUAAUAAUACCAAUUUAUAGCUUUCAUCAAGAUCCCAAGUAUUAUCCUAAUCCAGACGUUUUCGAUCCAGAAAGAUUUUCUCCUGAGGAAAAAUCAAAACGGCCUAAUGGCACUGAAUUAUUUUUCGGAGAUGGACCUCGUUUUUGUAUAGGAAAACGUUUGGCUGAGUUGGAAUUAAAAUUAGGUUUAUCAGAAAUAAUUUCCAACUUUGAACUUUUACCAUGCAGCAAAACUGAAAAUCCAAUACAAAUUUUAGCAAAAGGAAUGGCUGUAAACCAAAGAAUGGCAUUUGGUUGACUCUAAAACCAAUCAAUACAUCAUAACAGGUCUAUUAAUGAUGAUCAUAUUCAUGUGCCUGUAUAGUGUUUAAUAAUAAUAUAUUUUUUACACUUGAA